AACGCAGGCUUUCCUCUUCCCCCCAGCCGGUUUGUGCGAGGCCGGGCCAACGUGGUGGGAGUGCAGGACAGAGGCAGAGCCCCCGGGGCCACCUGCUCUUUCCUCUUCCCCGUUUCCUCUGACCUCCGGCCGCCGGGGGAACUCUGAGAAACCUUCAGCGCCUCUCCAGAAGAGAUGAGCGCGUGACCUCCUUUGGUCUUCCUGGAAAGGCGGAGCUUGUGAACACCUUUUAAAAACCUGAGACUCCACCUAACCUGAACACUUGGGUUCCAGCAACCUGCUCGGCAGAGAAGCAAUUAGCCAAAAUGAUACCUGGAGGCUUAACUGACGCCAAACCUGCCACUCCAGAAAUCCAGGAGAUGGUUAACAAGUUUAAAACACAGCUUGAAGAAGAAACAAAUGAGAAUUAUGAAGAAUUUGAAGCUGUGGAGUACAAAACUCAAGUAGUUGCUGGGAUAAAUUACUACGUGAAGGUACGAGUAGGUGAAGACCGUUAUAUUCACAUGAAAAUAUUCAAACCUCUUCCUGGACAAAAUCAGGAUUUGGUGCUUUCUGGCUACCAGAUUGACAAAAGCAAGAAUGAUGAACUGAUAGGCUUCCAGUAGCGUGUUCCCAAAGCGGUUUGAUUCCUUGCACCAGCUAUUGAUUAAUGAUCCUUACUAACACAUAUAAUCAUCAAUAAAGAUACAUUCUUUUCAAAUAAA